AUGAUACCCUCCAGAAGAGAGCUCUUCACAGAAAAUGAUGACUACGAUCCCAGUUACGUUUUGCUUUUUACGAUAGCAUCGUCGGUCAUUUGGAUCAUGGUCCCCGGUUUGGCCUUUCUCUACUCAGGUUUAGCUCGAAGAAAAUCUGCUCUAUCCAUGAUUUGGAUAGUUUUCGGAUCUUCGUUUGUCGGAAUAUUUCAAUGGUACUUUUGGGGAUACUCGCUCGCGUUCUCACCCUCAAACAAUAAUUUUAUUGGAGAUUUGAACUGGUUUGGUUUCAAAGAUAUCAUAGGUGAAAAUGGCUCAGGGAACCCUUACCCAAAUAUUGCAUUUGCCAUUUUCCAGAUGCAGUUCUUGUUGGUGACUCUAGCCAUCAUGGCCGGAGGCUUGGUGGCAGAGCGCGGCCGUUUCGUCCCUGCCCUCGUCUUUCUCUUUUUGUGGGCCACUGUGGUCUAUUCGCCUGUCGUCUACUGGAUUUGGGGUGGGGGUUGGGCCUCUUCGUGGCGUGGGGGUGUACUCGACUAUGCCGGUGGAGGACCUGUUGAGAUUUUGUCCGGAGUGUCGACUUUUGUCUACUCCGCCUUCUUAGGCAGAAGAAAUGAAAACCUCAUGAUCAACUACAGGCCACACAACAUCUCGACGAUUUUCUUGGGAACAUCCUUGUUGUAUUUCGGAUGGCUUUUCUUCAACGGGUUUUCCUGCGCGAACGCAUCGGUCAAAGUACCGUACUCCAUGCUCAACACCCAUCUUUCCGGGGCUUUCGGUGCCAUUACCUGGUGUCUUUUGGAUUUCCGUUUGGAAGGGAAAUGGUCGAUGGUGGGCUUGUGUUCCGGGUGCAUUUCCGGGUUGGUCGCUGCCACCCCAGCCUCUGGUUUCAUUCCGCUCUGGGCAUCUGUCAUUCUUGGUGUUGUUGCCGGUAUUGUCUGUAACUUCCUGACACAGUUGAAGUACUUGUGUCGUGUUGAUGACUCACUCGAUGUGUUGGCCGAGCACGGUAUCGCCGGUAUGAUCGGGUUGAUUUUCAACGGUAUUUUUGGCUCUUCAACUGUGGCUGGAUACGACAAUGUGACCGACCACGCCGGUGGCUGGCUCGACCGCAACUGGAAGCAGUUGUACAUCCAAAUUGUCUACAUCUUGGCAACGACUGCGUACUCUGGCGGUGUCACGGCAGUUUUGUGCUUUGUGAUGAACAAAAUCCCAGGAUUGCAGUUAAGAGUCGAUUACGAUGCUGAGGAAAUGGGUGUCGACGAGGACCAAAUUGGUGAAUUCGCUUACGACUACGUCGAGGUGAGAAGAGAUUUCCUAGAUUGGGGUUUGCCUCUGAGCGCGCCAAACGAAACUAGCUCUGCUCCACCUGAGCCACAAGAGUUUUUGUCGGCAGUGGAGGCAGAGUCUUCGGAGGGACGUUCGGUGGCAGCCUCGGAAAAACAGGACUAG